UUUCCAUAGUCACGUCACCUGGGCUCCACCAUGUUGGAGGAGAUCCACAGCUGCUCCUCACACUCUGUCAGAUUAGGGUCUAAUCCCGGAGCAGGAGGAGCAGCAGGAGGAGGUGAAGGAGCAGGAGCCGUUGUCAAGACGCGCUGAGCAGCUCGGGAAGGAAAGGAGCUCUCGGUGUUGACGCGUAUUCAGUUCGCGUGUCUUUUGUCUGGACCUUACAGAAGAUGAGACGCCCCUCCUCUGUCUUUAGCUGCCCGCAGAAUCUCCAAUACGUGAAGAUGUUUGCUGGCUAACUAGCGGGGAAAGAGCCACUAAAUCGGAUUAGCUGCUAGCGGCAGCCUCCCUCUUUAACACACCCAGGUAGUGUUUGCUGUGCUGGACACAUGUCACCCAGCGAACUGCCACCUCUGCGUGUUUAUUAUUAUUUGUAAUCACGUUGCCACUCUGUGUCAAGAAUACUACGUUGUGCUGUAAUUAGUCGCUAGCAUUAAUGUCGCCGCCAGCUAGCUAGUUAAUUAGCCAGACCAACAACAAGUGCUCGAGCUCCUUCGUCAGUUUCUCGGAUCGUGUUUGUUUGGGGAAGAGCUGAGCUGAAACGACCGCUUCAGCCGGGAGCCAGCGCGGGGCUGACAGCCACACCAGGGUGCUAGCUUGUCCUCGGGGCUAGCUGGCGAGAGAGCUGCAUCAAGAUUCCCACCCUCGCAAUUAGCCUCCAGUUGAAGCAAAGAUGUCAGGGAAGGACAAAGACAAACAGGAGAAGCAGUCCACAACAGAGCGGCUGGUAAAAGCUGUGCCAUACCCUCCGCAACAUAAGCUGACUAUAAAAGAGCUGUUUGAAGAUGGCAAACCCAAUGCAGAGCUGCUCCGCAACCAUCUUGUCAAGGAGGGCAGGGUUGAAGAGGAUGUGGCUCUAAGGAUCAUCAAUGAUGGGGCCAACAUCCUACGCCAAGAGAAGUGCCUGUUGGAGGUGGAUGCACCUAUAACAGUAUGCGGUGAUGUCCAUGGUCAAUUCUUUGACCUUAUGAAGUUGUUUGAAGUUGGGGGAUCACCCAGUAACACACGGUAUCUCUUCCUCGGUGACUACGUAGAUCGAGGAUACUUCAGUAUUGAGUGUGUUCUCUACCUCUGGUCGCUCAAGAUCAACCACACUACCACACUCUUCCUCCUGCGAGGGAACCAUGAGUGCCGGCACCUCACAGAGUACUUCACCUUCAAACAGGAAUGUAAAAUUAAAUACUCUGAACGGGUGUAUGAUGCCUGUAUGGAGGCCUUUGACUGCCUGCCCCUCGCUGCCCUGCUCAAUCAACAGUUCUUGUGCGUACACGGCGGACUCUCACCAGAAAUCAACUGCCUAGAUGACAUAAGAAAAUUAGACCGGUUUAAAGAGCCUCCUGCGUUUGGGCCAAUGUGUGACCUGAUUUGGGCCGACCCUGGUGAGGACUACGGCAGCGAAAAGACGACAGAGCACUUCAACCAUAACUCUGUCAGAGGCUGCUCUUACUUUUUCAGUUACUCAGCAGUCUGUGACUUUUUGGUAAACAAUAACUUGCUGUCAGUAAUCAGAGCCCAUGAAGCACAGGAUGCAGGGUAUCGGAUGUACAGAAAAAGCCAGACCACAGGCUUCCCUUCAUUAAUCACAAUCUUUUCAGCUCCAAAUUACCUAGAUGUCUACAAUAAUAAAGCUGCCGUAUUAAAAUAUGAGAACAAUGUGAUGAACAUCCGACAGUUCAACUGCUCCCCUCACCCUUACUGGUUGCCCAACUUCAUGGACGUCUUCACAUGGUCUUUGCCUUUUGUUGGAGAGAAGGUGACGGAGAUGCUGGUGAAUGUGCUGAACAUUUGCUCGGACGAUGAGCUCAUGUCAGAGGGAGAUGACCAAUAUGAAGGUGGCACCUCAGCGAUGCGUAAGGAGGUCAUCAGAAACAAGAUUCGCGCUGUGGGGAAAAUGGCCCGGGUCUUCUCCGUCCUCAGGGAGGAAAGCGAGAGUGUGUUAACACUCAAAGGGCUGACCCCAACUGGAACUCUUCCAAUGGGAGUGUUGUCAGGGGGAAAGCAGACCUUGGAGACCGCCAUUCAAGGCUUCUCUCCUACGAGGAAGAUUCGGAACUUUGAGGAGGCACGCGGCCUGGACAGGAUAAACGAGAGGAUGCCGCCUCGCAAAGACGGCCAGCAGCCAGACGGCACCACGAUCAACACCAACAGCCCCAACAAGAACGGCACCGGAUAGAAAACCCCAUCCUCCCAUCUUCACACGACCCUCACCCACUGAUUCAUAGCCCUCAACCACUCUUUCUAUUAGUAUAUUUCUUUCUCUCACUGCUCGCCUGCAGUCGCAUGCAGAAAUCAAGUGGACACAUUAGAAGAAACACAGAAGGAGGCUGAGAAAACACUUGCGGCUCCUGAAAGAAGACAAAUGAAUGAUUUGUUAUUUGGGGAAAUAUUAUUUAUCAAAGCUUAACAUUUUAUCAGAUAUAUUAUGUCAUAGCAACAAUCAUUGAAUUAAGACUUUUCAGUUGUUCAAAUGUAUUCUGAGGUCCUAAUCUUGUAUAUGUCAAAAAGUAUAUAAAAAAAAGUACUUUUUAUAAAAUUAGUUAAUACAAGAAAAUUAAUCCCUUUUUAUCCAGGAGUUUUAGUAUUUUUUUCUUUUUUAAGAAAUUGCGGUUUCCAUGUGUUAGGGAAAUCUGAAGUAUAAAUACUGCGGCCUCAGCAGCCUCAUUUGGAUCUGGCAGGAAUCUUGUCAUGACAUUUCAGGCCCUUGAGGUCCUACAUACAGUACAGUGUUUGCUUAUAUGUGUGACAGCUAUAUAUUAAUAUGUAUUGAAAGGUGAAAAAAAAGAAGGGAAGUAAAUUGUGUAAGAACAAUUACUACAAUUUAAUAUUUUAUACCGCAGACAUUUACUGAAGACAUAUAGUCAUAUUUAUACAUUUUACACAAGACUUUGAUGAAUCCCCAAAGAAGCUGAAUGGAUUCUUGUUCAGUAUUUUCACUUCUAGAGUAACAAUAUCGUCAAGUAUUACCAUUUGUGAAUGAAACGGUUCAAGUGAAGGAUUAAUUCUUUGUGUGCAAUUACAGUGGCUGUGGCUGGUAUGACUUGUAUUCACUUGAUGGCAGCUAGGAUGCUAUCGCUCUGCUAAACCAAAAAGGAAUAUACAGUACAGCAUGUCUUAUUCUGUCAGCACUUCCCACUAGUCAAUACUCCCACGUUGCUUCUUCUUAAGCACUGGCGUUAAGCUGACCUCUCUAGGGGUUGAGCACGGCACAGGAAUAUCACAGCAAACGGACAUAAAAGGACGUGUUUUCUCUGGUCGUCGAUGUGGACAGAAGAUGACUCAUUUGUUUGGAGAGUAUUGGGACUGCUGGACACACUGUCCUCAGAACAGACUGAUGUUCAUUAUUGCUUAGGACAUAUCAGUGUAUCUAAAAGAUUUAUGGCAGUUUGGUUUGUUUUAUUGUCAGACUAAAAAACGAAUUGGGGUGCGCGUACAGGCUUUUCCUUUGUUUCUAGAGCUGUAUGAGUGUCUCCAUCUAGUGUUGAUUCUUCAGUAUGCAGAUUCAUUUGAAUUGUAAUAAACCACACGUAUCAAACGGGGAGAACAUCUGAUAUUGAAAUGACGGCACUUUGAUGACACUGCACCCAGACACAAAUGACUGAGUCAUUCUACUCAGCAGGGACUAUGAAAGGUUCCACCACCACCUGAUGAGCAUUCUAUCGGAGCCUACCUGCAGUGUAAUCAUCUCAUCCAUGGCCGACUCACACAUGCAGUAUAUCUUUACAACUCCUGGUCAUACCUAGAUUGGGGGGGCGGGGUGUACAUAUGUUGUUUUUCCUGUUCUGAAGUAUUCAGUUCACUUAUGGUCUGAGCACAACCCCUCCUGGACAAAAGACCAACUGGUGCUUCAACUCACCUGACUGUAACUCUGUUGUCUUUAAUCAAAACGUCAAUAGGAGAAAUAAGCUUCAGGAUUCAAUAUUCUCUUUGAGUUUCACUCCUUUGUUUAUUUUAUUUUUUUAUUAUAAUUCUUUUUACUGAGGCGUUUGCGCUCAUUUGCCAUGCCACCUUUUGCCACACAUGUCAAGAUCCAUACCGGUUUGUGUGUGGAUGGUGGAAUCGAGGAUUCGUUCAAUCAAAAAUUAUUGAAGCUUAAGUUUUAGAAAUAGAAAAAAAAACUCUAAAUAUAGUCGUUUUGCUCGUUAGACUUCUGUGAAAGCUUUUUAAAGCGGAAAUAUUUCGGUUUACAUUUUUAACUGUGAUGUUUACGUUUGUUUUAAAGGUAAGGCUUUAUCGCGUGAGCCAUGCAGACCGCUGACCUCCUUUUAGGUUGAAUAACAUAACUUGCAGAAUGUAAAAAAAAUAUAUAUAUUGUUCAUCAAAAAUCUUAAAAUAGCUGUAAAGUAAAAGGGGUGGAUAAGAACGUGUACUGUACUUGUCAUGCAAGGCCAUGAAAGCUUUUACGUAGAUGUAUCACUUGAAAGAAAAAUAAUAAAAAUCAACUAACGUGUUUUAUUUGACUCACUUGAAUAACUAACAUCUUCUUAUGAUGACAAUACAGUGUGAAUGUUUUGUUUUCAACUUGUUCUACUGCCUUCAGGAGGCCAAAAUAUAUAUGCCACGUUCCAUUAUACCUCUGAGCUCGGCCCUCGGAAUGACCUCACACCCGAAUAGCCUGAGUUGAUAGCGUUCCAGUUGCACAUUUGGUCGGAAGGCAGACAGAUCAUUGUGACCGUACUGAACAAGGAUUAACUGGCCUUAAACAUAGCCAGCAAAACCAGUUCAUAAUAACACAUUAGGUGGCAUUUCCCACACACUAACACCACAGUAACAGUUCCUCUGGCAGUAAUUAGACUGUACUACGUGCACAACUAAUUUAACGACAGAAGUGCUAAUAAACAGUGAAACUACAGCUUUAACUACUGUUGAUACACAGAGCAGCCAUCUUGGAUUUCGAGGAGUCAGGGGUAUUAAGAUUCCUCUGACCUUCAUUGUCUUCAAGUUAUGACUUUAGGGGGCGUGCCAGUUGCAACAUUCCACUUGGGGGUCAGUAAUACCGAGCUCUGAGGUAUAAUGGAAUGAGGUAAUAUAAAAAAAAAAACUGCUUUAAUGGUUCACAGUGUAGAAUUUACUGAUCUAUCCCUCACUGAUGAUGAUUUUGUUUUUCAUGAAAAGGAAAGUGUUCAAUUAACACCUUGUCCUCAUUCCACAGUGCACGUUUCACGAUAUGAAUUCCCAGUCCAGAGCAGUCUUGGGUUAAUGCCUUGCUCAAUAGCAGGAUAGCAGGGAAGAGUGAUAUUCAACAAAACGGAUUAAUGUGUUUUUAACACAACAAAAGACAAGAAAAGUGGGGUGGGUUUUCCAGAGAUAGAUUUAAUUGUUAGAAUUUGUAGUCGUAUGAAACCUCGCUGCUGGUUGUUCCCUCACUGUGUGCAAGACCCAAGUUAGUGAACAGAAAGGAAAAAUAUACCAUCUUAUUCUCACUAAGUGCCAAAUGUAAAUUGCAUACAGAGUUUUUAUGUACAUGUUCACACAGUGAACUCAUUCAAGAAUACAUCAGUAUAAAUAAGGUGUACUGCAAACAUUUUAUGUACACAAACUAUAUCAGUAAUAAUCAUAUUGACUAGGAGCAAUUAACACUGUCACAGGUUUUUGUUGAAUGUGAAGCAGACACAACAACACGUGGACGUCAUGAUGACAUUUCAUUUUGAAAUUAACUGAAACUGAACUGUGAAGUGCUACUGCAAAAACUUUCAAAUUGUUGUCUGAACAUAACUUGACAAACUAGUCUAAUAAAUAUAUCACCGACAUGUAUCCAUUUGUUCUGGAUUUACAGUGUGUGUCUGUACCUGAGCUCUACCUGAAAAUGCAGCACAGUUUUAUAAUAUGCUACUCUGACAUUUUUCUUAUGAUCUGAGUAUUUCUACAACAUAUCAUGAACAUUAACAAUCAAGUCAAAGGUUUAUGAAAACGACACAA